AGCGAGUUAGUGCGGAAAAGUUCAGACUACCUGGUCGGUCUGGUGACGUAUCGUACCCAGCAUCGGGUCCGGGUAACUCAUUUAUCUUUCCCUUAUUCAAUCCUCUCUAUCCAUCUUUCUCUCUCAAGCUCUACUUUCUCGUCUGCGUUGAUGAUCUCCGCGGCAGCUAUCGAUCCGCUCGAGACUCAUUCAUUGACACACAACGCAUCAUGUCCAGGACAGGGACCAGGAAGACAAAGGACAUUACAGCGAGGGCAGGAGUGAGUCCAACCAGGUCGUUUCAGGACACCGCCCCACUUGUCUCAUCGUCUCAGGCCAGCAUCACCCUCUCAGCCCAUCCAGAUGACAGCUGCGAUCACAAGGCGGGACAGGAGGACAAAGCAAAGCAAUCCAGGAUGGCCUCCGUGAUCCUGCUUUUCUGCAUUCUCUCGUUUGUGCUCCAAACAGAACUCACUAAAUUCGUGCAAACAUCCAUGGGAUACCAGAAGCCGUACUUCAUCCUCUAUAUCUCGCAUUCAUUUUGGGCAAUUGCUCUCCCAGCGCAAUUCCUCUACACUACCUACCUCUCGCCUACUCCGCCAAAAUCGUUCUCUUCACUGCGGGAACGUAUCGACUACUUUGGACGAUUGAUCCGACAGUCGACGGGCGACCUUUAUCACCGAAAGGCUAACUAUACCCUUAUAGGAUCGGCAGCACAAACAACCGCAGCUUCUACUUCAACAACACCAACUGUCUACACCUCCCACGAGAGAAGGGUUUUGUCAAGGCAUCUCUUUUGGGUGACCUUUGGGAUAACAACGCUCUUCAUGGUGCCUUCUUAUUUAUGGUAUACAUGUGUGGCCUUGACAUCGAUGGCCAACUUGACGGCGAUCUACAACACCGCCUGUUUCUUCGCCUACCUCUUUUCGGUUAUGCUGCUCAGGGAGAAGAUUGUGCUAAACAAGGUGCUUGCCGUGUGUCUUUCGUUGCUCGGUGUGGCCAUCAUCAGCUUGACUACUAAAGACUCGGCAGCACCUGGAGGCGAGAAUAUGUCCUCGACCAGUGAUCGCCCUGCUGUUUUCAUGGCUGGAGAUGUCUUGGCCCUCAUUGGAGCGGCACUCUAUGGCUUUGAGGAGGUCGUCUACAAAAAGUAUGCAUCGCCAAAAGUCGAGCCAAUAAUAUUUGCCAACACCCUCACCGGAUUAAUGGGCGUCGUAACCUGUACAGUGCUUUGGUUGCCGAUCCCGCUGUUUCACUGGAUGGGUCAUGAAAUUUUUGAGCUGCCGACCUUGAGCGAGUUCUCCUCGAUCCUCAUGAUCGCUACUCUGGGCCUAAUUUACAACGGAUGCUUCAUGAUAGUGGUGUCACAAACGAGCCCUGUAUUUGCUGCUGUUGGCGUGAUGGCGACGAUCCCCCUGGUGGCCCUAACAGACUGGGUGCUUUUCAACGAGACCGUUGGCUGGGGCAACGUUGUGGGGGGUCUGAGCAUCCUAGCUGGCUUUGGCAUCCUCGUUCGCGAGAACCGCAAGGCACCAUAGAUUGGAAUGUUUUGUAGCGCAAUAAAUACGCGUC